AUGAAGCUCACUAUAGUCUGCGUUCUCCUGUCCGUCUUCUGUCUAAGUCAGGCUUUACUAUUCGAUGACCUGUUUGGCCCUCUCCCAACUCACUGUGUGACUGACGCGGAUUGCGAUGACGGGUGUUGUUUGUAUGAUGGACGCCGUCAUACGUGUUCCCAUAGAACCAUAUCUUAUCUACAGCGCUGCCAUCUCAAUGGUCAUGAAUAUUCAUCAUGUGGGUGUGCUGAUGGGUAUCACUGCGAAUCUCUGGAUCAUCUGAGCCUCGCUAUCGAAUCAUCAAACAUCCCCCCUGGAUACGGAGUCUGUGAACAUGGCGUCGGCAACCGAACAACAACUGCAGCUCCACUAAUUGCCGUAGAGCAGGGUUAA